UUUUUAUGUUUCCCUUUUUCUCCCAUCGAUUCUUGGGCUUUUUAUCAAAUUUUGGUCCUCCUCGCGUUCUAAUUCGCGUUUCUCGUUUCUUUUUCUGCGGUAUUUUGCCGAGCUCUAUAAUUGGAAUUGUCGGAACUGUUUUUAGGAUAAGAGGAUUAGGUUUUUGUUUCGAGAAUUUAAUUUCUUUCUUUUUCAAGUAUGGAUUUCCAUUUAAGAUUUGUUUUUGUUGUUCUAUUAUUUCAAAAAAAAAAGGUUCCUUUUGGGUACUUUUUUGUGGCACAUUCAAGCAAUUCACAGCGACUAGGAGUUGGAGUUCGUGCCACUUCUUCUGUUCAAGAAGUUACCGUAGAUGUUGAUUCUUUGUUUGCUUCACCUCAUAUAUAUUCUCGGGCACUGUGUGGAAGUGGAAUAUUUCGAGCUAUCAAAAUUGCUGUUGAUGAUAUUCAGGAAUUAUUCAAGGUGUAGAAUAUCUAGUUCUUGGACAAAAAUGGAGAUUUCGCAAAAGGAUCUGAAACAAUUCAGAUUAAAAAUUUUAAAUAUGAAAAAUAAAGAAUGCCAAAUGAUUAACAGACUUAUGUGGUAUCGAUGUGAAAAUAAGCAUGAAAGAAUCAGCAACAAAGUAUGGUAGUAACGAAAACACCACUGCCACCAAAAACGGAUAGGACAAUCAAUCCAUCCUCUCUGAGCAUUUCUUGAUAAAGUUACAAUUAGUUUGAGAGUAAUUAUAUAAAUUCUGCAAAUGGUUGAAUUUAUCUUGUUUAAUUCUGCUAUCUAAUACUGUAGGUUUGAAAACCAUUUCAUGGACCAAUGGAAAGACCUAGAAUAACUAAGAGUUUUUCUCUAAAAUUUAGAGAAACUUCUUACUACACUUACAAGGGAUUAACCUAGUAAAAGUUGAAACAAGGGGAUAGCAUAUGUGUAAAAGCUUGAUAUAUAUAGACUUGUAUGAGAACAACAAAAAUAUACACACACGCAUGAAGGACAUGUAAUCAGCAUGUAUUCUAAUCUUGGUACUAUCAAGUGGGUUACAAUAUUUAGCUGACAUGUCUCUUAAGAUCAGGGUGGAUCAUUAACCAUGUCUUUGGGAGAAUAUUGCCCACAGAUAAUGCAAAGGCCAUAGCUGGAGAAAGCAGAUAGUAGGAUGGAUUACAACAGUGAUAUGAGAAGAACCUAUGAUGCUUAAAAAUUUUAAGUGAUAAAAAUGAAUGAGGGUUCGGAAGCAGAUAUAGACACCUAUGCAGUUGACAAUAGAAAUAACAGGACAGUGUGGGUAACAUACCAUAUAUCUAUGUCUAGUGUGAAAGUGGGUGAUUGGGUUUCUGUUGACCAGUCCAUGUCACAAUUGCUUUGCCUUUCAUUCUGCAGAUCACUGGUGACAAGGCCUGGUUGAGGGUCCUGCACCUGCUGGUUGAUGCCGUCCAUGGUGAGCAUAUGUUUACUCUAGCUAGCAAGAUAAUCUAUAAUAGUGGAUAUAAUUUAGAAACAAGACAUGACAGGAACCUUGGCUAAGGUCCGAACUCCGAAGUUUGCCAAGUCUAGAAACAUAAGAGUCAAUUGAAAACUGAAUAAACUAGCGCACUUAAUCAUGUUAUGAACUGAGCAAUUAAAGGAGUCUGUCACUGAUUGCAUGUAUACAGUAAAAAUGUCAGAGAACAUGGUUUGUUGAUCUCGUGUGAGAGGCACCAUCAGUUUGCUUUUUCCCAUGUUGAAUGAUAAGCCAAAGGCUUUGUCCCUCAUAAAUUAAUUUGGACUGUUAUAUUUAAUCAAUAAUCAGGCACUGUUAGGAGAAAUCUGACAUGGAAUUCUUUCUUUAUUCUCUUUAAAAUGCCUAGGUUUUAAGAGUUUUUAGACCAUUUCUUUGCCAUCUCAGGGUUGUCAUUUUGAUUGUGCGCCCCUUCCUACUCAGCUUCCCUGAUGGUAAACUUUUCUGCAAACCGGCAUAAUCCAUUUUUUGGCUCUUUCCUACUCAGAGAUGCAACCCACAUAAUAAAAUAAUGUCCGACUUAUUCCAUUUUAUGCACCUAUCCUCCAUAUGCUGGCUGUAUGUUGGUGUGAAAGAAAAACCACAAGCUAACACAAGACUGUGUGCUUCUCCAAAACAAUGUAUUCACAAGAUCAAGGAAACACAUGCUUUGAGGCUUUCUCCAGAGCAGCAUGGUUGUCUUUCUUGCUUCCGGAGCCACUACAGAUGGAGGGGUCACAUUAAAAGACAUGCACCAGGUGUCUUUCUUGACAAAUCAAGUCUCUCAUUUCAAAGACAUUUAUCCAGCAGUGGCACUGUGAAACCAGCCCAUAUCCCAUUAGCAGCUGUAGGUCCUGAGGAACCACAUGUUGCAAGCACAACUUGGUCUGAUAUGGUGCUCGAGAAACAAGGUUUGACUUUCCAGGAUCCUGAGGUAGAAAAGGCAGAACUAGAAGGAUUCUUAAGUUCUCCACUUCCUUCUCAUCCAAAGCUGUACAGAGGACAACUGAAGAAUGGUCUUCGCUAUCUUAUUUUACCUAAUAAAAUUCCAGCAAACAGGUUUGAGGCACAUAUGGAAGUUCAUGUUGGAUCUGUUGAUGAGGAAGAUGAUGAGCAGGGGAUUGCUCAUAUGAUUGAACAUGUUGCAUUUCUUGGUAGUAAAAAGCGCGAGAAACUUCUUGGGACAGGAGCAAGAUCUAAUGCAUAUACAGACUUUCACCAUACGGUGUUUCAUAUCCAUGCUCCAACCAGCACGAAGGACUCAGAUGGAGAUCUACUUCCAUUUGUAUUGGAUGCACUGAAUGAGAUAGCAUUCCACCCUAAGUUUCUUCCAUCUCGUGUUGAAAAAGAGAGACGGGCUAUCCUUUCAGAACUACAGAUGAUGAACACCAUAGAGUAUCGUGUUGAUUGCCAGUUGUUACAACAUUUGCACUCAGAAAAUAAACUGGGCAAAAGAUUCCCAAUUGGACUAGAAGAGCAGAUUCAGAAGUGGGAUGCAGAUAAAAUCAGGAAAUUUCAUGAGCGCUGGUAUUUUCCUGCAAAUGCUACUUUAUACUUGGUUGGGGAUAUUGAUAACAUCCCCAAGAUGGUGUACCAAAUCGAAGCUGUAUUUGGACGAACGCUUGCAGAAAAUGAAACAUCAACCGUCCAUAAUCCCAGUGCUUUUGGUGCAAUGGCAAACUUUCUUGUUCCAAAGCUACCAGGUGGGCUGGCUGGAAGUCUGUCUAAUGAGAGAUCAUCUAUUUCAUUAGAUCAACUAAAGCCUGCAAAGAAGGAAAGACAGGCAGUUAGACCACCUGUUGAGCAUAAAUGGUCUCUCCCUCGAUUGGGUCACGAUGCCAAGCCUCCUGAAAUCUUCCAGCAUGAGUUGAUUCAAAAUUUCUCCAUCAACAUGUUUUGCAAGAUUCCUGUCAGUCAAGUUCGAACAUAUGAAGACUUGCGCAACGUCUUGAUGAAGAGAAUAUUUUUAUCAGCUUUGCAUUUCCGGAUCAAUACAAGAUACAAGAGCUCAAAUCCUCCUUUUACAUCUAUUGAGCUGGACCACAGUGACUCGGGAAGAGAAGGAUGCACCGUUACCACUCUUACAGUAACAGCAGAACCAAAGAACUGGCAGAGUGCCGUUAAGAUUGCUGUUCAUGAGGUCCGAAGACUAAAAGAGUUUGGUGUAACAAAGGGAGAAUUAACUCGCUACAUGGAUGCACUUAUAAAAGAUAGUGAACAGUUGGCUGCAAUGAUUGAUAGUGUCCCAUCAGUUGAUAACUUAGAUUUUAUCAUGGAGAGUGAUGCUCUGGGUCAUACUGUUAUGGAUCAAAGACAGGGACAUGAAAGUUUGGUAGCGGUUGCUGAAACAGUGACACUUGAAGAAGUCAAUGCGACUGGUGCAAAGGUGUUGGAAUUCAUUUCUGACUUCGGAAAGCCUACUGCACCACUUCCUGCUGCUAUUGUUGCCUGUGUUCCAAAGAAAGUGCAUAUUGAUGGAGUGGGAGAAACGGAGUUUAAGAUCUAUCCACAUGAGAUCACCGAUGCUAUAAAAGCAGGUUUAGAGGAACUCAUACAUGCUGAGCCAGAGCUUGAGGUGCCAAAAGAUUUGAUAACUCCAUCACAGUUGGAGGAGUUGAGAUUGCAGUGUAAACCAUCCUUCGUUUUUUUAAAUCAGGAAACAAAUGCAACAAAAGCAUUUGACAACGAAACUGGCAUCACACAAUGUCGUCUCUCAAAUGGGAUUCCCGUAAACUAUAAGAUUACAAAAAAUGAAGCAAGGUGUGGCGUCAUGCGACUGAUUGUAGGUGGUGGAAGAUCAACUGAAACUUCUCAAUUAAAGGGUGCUGUUGUUGUAGGUGUUCGAACUCUUAGCGAGGGUGGUUGUGUUGGCAACUUCUCGAGAGAACAGGUAGAACUUUUCUGUGUGAAUCAUCUGAUAAACUGCUCUUUGGAGUCCACUGAGGAAUUUAUCUCUAUGGAAUUUCGGUUUACUUUGCGAGACAAUGGGAUGCGUGCUGCCUUCCAACUUCUUCAUAUGGUGCUUGAGCACAGUGUAUGGCUAGAAGAUGCUUUUGAUAGAGCAAGGCAACUGUAUUUGUCACAUUACCGUUCCAUCCCCAAAAGUUUAGAGCGCUCAACUGCUCACAAACUUAUGGUAGCAAUGUUAAAUGGUGAUGAAAGAUUUGUUGAACCAACACCAGAAUCAUUGCAAAAUUUGACACUUCAAUCGGUUAAAGAUGCUGUUAUGAAUCAGUUUGUUGGUGACAACAUGGAGGUUAGCAUUGUUGGUGACUUCAGUGAGGAUGAUAUUGAAUCUUGUAUGCUUGAUUAUCUGGGAACAGUCAGAACCACAAGAGGUGCUAAGAGUCAGCAGUGCGUCAACCCAAUCAUGUUUCGACCAUUCCCAUCUGACCUGCAUUUUCAACAAGUACACCUGAAGGACACUGAUGAGAGAGCAUGUGCAUAUAUUGCAGGCCCAGCACCAAAUCGCUGGGGAUUCACUGUUGAAGGGAAAGAUCUUUUUGAUUCAGUAAAAAGCUCAACUUUAAAUGAUGAGCAAUCUAAUUCAGAGAUGUUCACUCCUUUUGAAAGGAAAGAUGUAGGAACUGAUCUCCAAAGAAAUAUUCGGAGUCAUCCACUGUUCUUCGGCAUUACUUUGGGGCUGUUGGCUGAGAUCAUAAACUCUAGGCUGUUCACAACUGUCAGGGAUUCUUUAGGACUAACAUAUGAUGUAUCCUUUGAACUAAGUCUUUUUGAUAGGCUGAAACUUGGAUGGUAUGUGAUAUCAGUAACUUCUACUCCAAGUAAGGUAUGUUUAAUAAUGUUAGCCUGUCUUCAAGUAAGUUUCUGUCCCAUGUGUGCUCCAGUUUCUCAAAAUAUCAGUGUCUGUCAGGUUUACAAAGCUGUUGAUGCAUGCAAGAAUGUUCUUAGAGGUUUGCAUAGUAACAAGAUUGCCCAGAGGGAGCUGGACCGGGCAAAGAGGACCCUGCUGAUGAAACAUGAAGCUGAAAGCAAGUCAAAUGCUUACUGGUUAGGAUUGUUAGCACAUUUGCAGGCUUCAUCCAUUCCAAGAAAGGAUAUUUCGUGCAUUAAAGAUUUAACCUCGUUGUAUGAAGCUGCAACGAUUGAGGACAUAUACCUUGCAUAUGAACAUUUGAAAGUAGAUGAUUCUUCUUUGUUUGCAUGUGUUGGAGUGGCUGGUGCACACACAGGUGAAGAUACAUCUGUUUCAGAUGACGAAGAACUUGAUUUGGGCCAUCAAGGGGUCACUCCCAUUGGCCGUGGUCUAUCAACGAUGACAAGACCCACAACCUGAUUUGCUUCAGAAACAUUCGUUUUUUCCUGUAAUGAGCACAGCAACCGACUUCCGGGCGAUCUCUUUGGAGCCCUCAUGCAUUAUGAUAAAUUCUGCACAGGAUCGGUGUCAGCAGUGCGCCCACACAAUAUCACAAUUGAAUUUGAAAAAUUAUAUUAUUUGUUAUUUUAUGUAUGUUUCUGUAUAUAAGCACACAAUACAUUAUUCUUGAAAGAAAAUCUUCAAGUUCAUCAUCUGUCUGAAGUUCCACUUUGCCUGUAACACAAGUCUCAGAUGGCUUUGUUAGCAAUUCAGAUGGUAGGAUCAAUAAAGCCUAUGUUGUAAUCUCUAGCUCCGAAUGGGAAAUAAAAGGAAUUGGAAACCAGCUAUUGGCAGAGCUGAUGCUAUAGCUUAUGACAGACAACGAAGACCAGAAGAUCGUUUUGGCAGCUAAUUUGAAAGACGAUGCUAUAGUCGUCGGACAAGACUUGUGAUUCGAACUGUUAAGACAACAUGUCUUGUAAUAUGUCGAUUGGGGUGUUUGCAUAUAAGCAUUGAAUGCUUGACAUAUGGGAACCACAGGAUUCUUGUUAGUGCAUGACAAAUUCAAUUCCCUAACCGAUUUGUGCGUAUAAUUGCCGUUGUUUUGGAAGCUAUUUGUCUAAUUUUAGUUA